GAAGUUCGCACUUGCUUCGAUUUCCUGGGAAGAAGAAAAGCCAGCCCAGCUGAAAGACAUUUCCCCACCGGAACGACACUCCAAUUCCGAUCACCGACCGGCGGCGGCGAUGGACGUCAUCAAGACGCAGCAGAUAGCCGCGAGGCCGAUGGACAAGGUGAUAGUCCACCCCCUUGUCCUCCUCAGCAUCGUCGAUAACUACAACCGCGUCGCCAAGGACACCCGCAAGCGCGUCGUCGGCAUCCUCCUCGGCACUUCCUUCAAGGGCACCGUCGAUGUCACCAACAGCUACGCAGUGCCUUUCGAGGAAGACGAGAAGGAUCCAAGCAUUUGGUUCUUGGACCACAAUUACCAUGAAGCAAUGUUUUCCAUGUUCAAGAGAAUUAAUGCCAAGGAGCAUGUCGUUGGCUGGUACAGCACAGGUCCAAAACUGCGGGAGAAUGAUCUGAAUAUACAUGCUUUGUUUGAUACCUACGUCCCUAAUCCUGUGCUGGUGAUCAUUGAUGUCCAACCUAAAGAACUUGGGAUACCGACGAAAGCGUACUGCACAGUUGAAGAGGUUAAGGAGAAUGCCACACAGAAAAGCCAGAAGGUGUUUGUUCAUGUUCCAUCGGAAAUUGCUGCUCAUGAGGUCGAGGAAAUAGGUGUGGAACACUUGCUUCGAGAUGUGAAGGAUACAACCAUUAGCACUCUUGCGACAGAGGUAACUGGGAAACUUACCGCAUUGAAAGGGUUGGAUGCUCGGCUGAAGGAGAUCAGAGGAUAUCUUGACCUUGUCAUUGAUGAAAAGCUUCCAUUGAACCAUGAAAUCUUGUAUCAUCUACAGGAUGUCUUCAACCUUCUCCCGAAUCUCAACGUCAAUGAAUUGAUCAAGGCUUUUGCAGUAAAAACAAAUGACAUGAUGCUAGUUAUAUAUCUCUCGUCCCUCAUUCGAAGCGUCAUAGCUCUCCAUAACUUGAUCAACAAUAAGAUGCUCAACAAGGAACAUGAAAAGGCAGAGGAUUCAAAACCAGUUUCUGUGCCUGCUACUUCUGGGAGCUAGAUCGGGACGUCAUACAUUCAUAUGUAUUCUUGCUUCAGACGGUUAUAUUAGAAGAGGAUUUGGAGAAAUGCUACAGGGAUAAGGGAGAGGACACGGGUAUUCUUGAGACUAUCUCAAGUUGUCAAUUCAGUUUUCAACAUCCCUCUCUCUACGCAGAAUAUACUAUCUCCCUCAUUGCGUUCAAAGCUCUACACUUAAGCUGGAUGUACUCAUUCCAGGCAAAUGAAGGCUGAAGUUCAUUCUCCGUCACUCCCUUUUCUAUUUUUCCAUAUCAUUGUUUUACUCAUUUUUGUUUCUUCGGUGUCUUUUCCAGUAGCUGCUGACAUGUACCUGCAGUUCAUCUGUUGACAAUUUAUUUCUCUUCAUUUCCUUAAGAACUUUCAAGCUGGGAGCCUCACCAAAGAAAGUAAACAAUUCCGAAACUGUUACUGUCUUCAUUGAACUUGAAAGAUGUAUAGAUCUGGCAAAUUAGCAAAAACUAUGGAUUGUUGUCACAUAAA